AUGUCCCAGUUCACAGCAGGCAGUGUGCGGGUGAGCGGGAGUAUGCUGCUGGUGCUUGGCUACUUGCUGUACCUGCUGUUAGGCGCCACCAUCUUCCAAGCGCUGGAGAAGCAGGCAGAGAGCCAGACACGAGACCACUUCCAGCUUGAGAAGCUCAAGUUUCUGAAGAACUACACCUGCUUGGAUAGACCAGCCCUGGAGAAGCUUGUAGAGGUUAUCCUGGAUGCCUGGGGGAAAGGAGUGAACCCAUCUGGGAAUUCAACAAACCCCAGCAACUGGGACUUCAGCAGUUCCUUUUUCUUCGCUGGCUCUGUCGUCACAACUAUAGGCUAUGGGAACCUGUCCCCCAGCACAGUGAGUGGGCAGGUAUUCUGUGUGUUCUACGCUCUCUUCGGGAUCCCCUUGAACCUGGCCUUCCUUAACCAGCUGGGCAAAGGGCUGACCGCACACCUUGGCUGGCUGAAGAGGAGUGUUCAGACCCUAGGGAACCAUGGGAAACUGAAGAUGCUGACCGUGUCCUUCUUCCUAAUAUUGGGGACGCUGCUGUUCCUGGUCUUUCCCCCGCUAUUAUUCAGCUACGUGGAGGGCUGGACAUAUGGAGAGGGAUUCUACUACGCCUUCAUCACACUCAGCACCAUUGGCUUUGGGGAUUACGUUGUAGGAACAGACCCAGAGAAGCACUACAUCUCAGCGUACCACAGCCUGGCUGGGAUGUGGAUCAUCUUCGGGCUAGCCUGGCUGGCAGUGCUGUGUAACCUGGGGCCCUGUCUGAUGGAGAGGCUUUUUCAACUGAAGCAAAGCUGGAGCGAGCCCUGUAGAGCUGGGCCACAGGAUGGGAAGGAGGGUGACGUCCUGGACCAGAGAGCCAUGCAGAGCCCAAUCUGAGAGGGCUUCACUGCAGACAAGAGCCCCCCUGAGGGGCUGAGGCAUGGUCUGCCCCUCCAUGGUCUGGAAGCCAUUGAAGGGGUCAUCAAACAAAACAAAAAAAAACCUAUGUAUCUAAAACCCCAUCCAGGUAAUGAAGACCAUUGUACAGAGCAUAGGAACCUAUUAGUCCAUCAGUGCAGAGAUUCUGUCUCACUAAAUGUAAAACUCCAAUAAGACUAUUUUUGUUGUACAUGUAUUUAAAAUAAAAGACUGUAUUUCCAGGAAUAAAUUAUACCUAGUGUUUAUUGGUUAUGCUUGCUAGCCAGCUGCGUAUAAUUAGUUAAUUGCACAAAGCUAGUAGUAGCUAGGCUAUUACUUUAGUUUCUGAUAAUAAUGUAUGUAUAAAGGGGGCCCAAUUUAUUUAUUUUGCAGUGGGCAUUAAUAUGUCCAGAUAUUGUGAAAAUCUUCUGCAAUCAAUCUUUGCAAUCUGAAUGCAUCACGAGCAUUUCAAGCUGUCUGAUCUCAGCACAUUUGAGAUUGCAUUACUACAGUAUUUCUAUUUUUUCAUACGUUUUGUUAUAUUAAUAUACCGUACUUCUAAGUGUCUGGCUAAGUGAAUAGAUAUCUCUAGAUAGCACUAGAAGACUAGCUCUACCACCGCUACGCUCCCCUGCCUCCAAAGCCCGCUCCUUCUCCACCCUUGCUCCGCAGUGGUGGAAUGACCUUCCUACAGAUGUCAGGACUGCCCAGUCCCUGACCACAUUCCGGCGCCUCCUUAAGACUCACCUCUUCAAAGAGCACCUGUAGAACUCCUCUGUUUGUAUCCUGGGACACUAUCACCCUUCAUGUAAAUGUGCUUUAUUUUGCUCUUAUCUGCCCACUAUUUUACUGCAUUUAAUCCUGUACUUCAGAAUACUGUAAUCUGCCAAGUUUUUAACCUGUAGUACUUUGUAUUUAAUCACAUCCUGAUGUAACUAUCACUAUUUAAUCAUAUCCUGAUGUAAGUAUCACUAUUACCUGCUGUAUUAUUGAAUUGUGGUUUGUCAAACUUGUACUUUACUUGAUCAAAAGUUAUUGUAUUUCUUGCUCUUAUUGUAUUACUUGUAUUGUAACGCUUGAAAUGUUUUUGCUUACGAUUGUA